ACGUAGCAUUACGAGCGUCAAAUAAUGCAAAUCACACAAGCGUCUGAUUGUAGUAGGAAUGGGAACGUUAAACUUCAUUAUGUGUCAACGCUUUUUAACAACCUGUUUAAUGUUAGUGGCUUUUAUAUUUGGACUGGCACACGGCACAGAGCUGAGUUUUGUUACCUGCGGCUCAGUUAUUAAGUUGUUGAAUAUAAAGCACAGCGUGAGACUGCAUUCGCACGAUGUUCGUUACGGCUCCGGCAGUGGACAGCAGUCUGUAACUGGAGUUAUGUCAGUAGAAGACAGUAACAGCUACUGGAGUGUUCGUGGGACAAGUGACGCUGUGUGCCAUCGAGGUACCCCAAUCAAGUGUGGCCAGACGAUCCGCCUCACUCAUGUGAACACCGGGCGUAACCUGCACAGCCACUACUUUGCCUCACCGCUUUCCUCUAACCAGGAGGUGAGUGCGUUUGGUGAGGAAGGGGAAGGUGAUCACCUGGACGAGUGGACAGUUCAGUGUGGAGGAUUGGUGUGGGAACGUGCAGAGGCUGUUCGCUUCCGUCACAAGGCUACAGAAGCACUGCUGUCAGUGACGGGGGAACAGUACGGACGACCUAUCCACAGUCAAAGAGAAGUUCACGCGAUGACAAGCCCCAGCCAUCACAGUCUGUGGAAGGCGAUGGAGGGCAUCUUCAUGAAACCCAGUGAGAGCCCGACGGGAAGCCAGGGCUACAGUCACCCACACACCGAGUUCUGAACUUGACAUUUCUCGUAUACCCAUAUCGCCUGCUAUUUUCCCCCUUCUCUACCUCUGUCCUGCCUCUUAAGAUGUUGUCACACUAUGACUGAUUGUGUAAACUGAUUAGUAACUGAUUGAAAUAAUUUGUCUGGUGGUCUUCAGUGAAAUUGGGGCUCUGAUGGGUGGAUGUAAUCACAUUUCCACUGGCAACACAAAGAGCUCUAUUCUGCAGACUGAUUUUCCCAGUUUCAAGAUAUGAGUGUAUGCUUGCUGGGGGGAGCUGGAUAUGAGCGGGAUUCACCGAGGUCUGAACACAGAUGUGGCUCGAAUCUGCUUAGCUUGAGGAUCAGGAUGUCACAUUUCCUCACUACUUUCGUGCGCGGACAGCAUCUUCCCCACUGUACUGAUGUUCAGUGUAGCUGCAACAGUGAGGACAGCAAACAGCCUUCUUUCUCUGUGGUGCCUUCUCGCUAAGAGUAUCUGCUGUGUGCACUCUGACGUCAAGACAAAAAUGCACAGUCACACAUUGAAAACUGCUCUCUUCCCUAGCGCAGAAUUCACACGCUGCACCAGAGCAUUGGCCAAUCAGAAGCCCAGUCUUAACCAUCAGACAGCAAUAGGAUAUGAAUGCAUGUGUAUCAUAGAAGUAACAAACAAGUACAGGACAAAUGGUAAACAAAUGUGCAACCAACUGGAAAGCUUUCUGUAUGUCAGCUGACGAGCAUAUUUAACGAAUGAGAAAAUGACUUGUACAGAACAAAAAUGGACACACAUACCAAGAUUUGAUAUACAUUAGUCAUGUUCCUCAGUCCGCCAUAGUGUGACAGGCACUUUACCUCCAUUUCGUUAUGUUCCCACCAUGUGCUCUCUUUCACGGCUUUUUGUGCAUCGUUGCUGAAUCUCCUCAGUCUGUCUCUCCUUUGAAUGCUAUAUUUUACAGUCUGCCAUCAUGGAAAGGGUACAAUAACUUCAUCUCACCCAAUGAUACCACUCCUCUAGUGUACUUUGUUCCUCUAUGAACAUUAAUUCAGAAAUGUGACAAAACACUCAAAGAUCCACCAGGACUACAUUCACAGAGCUAAUUAGCCUGUGGCUUCUACUCAUAUUUUAGUAGCGUUUAUAGUUAGACUUUACAGGCACAAGAACACAUCAAGAUGUUAAAAGUGCUGUUUUACUGUAUAAAGACUUAUCUUUAUUACGUCUUCUGGUUGUUAUCUUUAAGAAGAUGUUCCUCUCAAGUAUUAUUUAUUGCUAAAAGCAGCAAAGAAUGCACAGAUCAAUACUAUUUAAUUGGACAAAAUGCAGCAGGCAGCACUGCUACACUUUUGCCUUUGUUCUGCUUUGAAAGUAGUGGUUGUUUACAUCAGAGAGACUUUUAUUGUUUGUUGUAGUUUGAAGCCAGAUUGUUCAAUCUGGACAGUGGCUACAUAGUGUUACUCACUUUUUUAAAAGUUACUUACAGUCAGUAUUACGCACCCAUAAAUUAUUCACACACUGACAUGGGAGCAGCUUUGUCUGUGUAAAAUGCUCUGUUUGGUCUGGAUAAACUGGUUCUGUAGCAAAUAUGAACAGACGGAGAUUCACAAGCUUGUUUUUAAUUUCCAUCUUUCAGUUGGAUGUGGUUCGUUUGAGCAGUUUCCAAGUGCUGGGGGGAAAACUACAGCGUUCCUCUGAACGUUUGUAUCUGUUAGAGAAGAUAUUUGUUCAGGAGUUUCAUAUGAGAAACAAUACCUCAUUAAAUGUAUUUUUUAUGCAU